UGUAGUUCCCAUUUGACUCCUAGCCCAGGAUCUUCCAUAGGUCUCAGGUGUGGCCUCAAAAAGAAAAAAUAAUAAAAUAAAAAACAAUAAAAGGUGUGCUCAUGGAGAGCAUGUGGAUGAUGGAGGAAGCUACAAUCACGGAUCCCAGACAUAAUAACCCAGUGAUCUUGAGAAGACCACUUACCCUUCUGGAGCUUCAUUGUCCAUUUCCUAUAAAUCUGCCUGCCUAGAAAGAAUCAAAUGAGUAGGCAUUUAUGAAAGUGCUUUGCAAACUGUAAAGUCCUUUACAAAUGCAAAACAUGAUUAGAGUAAGGACAUAAUAAGUACUUGUUGAAUGAGUAAAUAAAUGGAGCUCUGUCAUGGUGUGCUAUUAAUUUUGAUGACAUAUUGAUAUCACCGGCAAGUUAUUUUAUCGAUCGAUGACAAGUCUGUGAGUACUGGUCAAAACAGAACUGCAAAAACCACAAAUUUCAUCACUGAGUGAUAUAUGGCUUUAUACUGGUUUUCUUUGUUUCAUCUGUCUCUGUCUUGUCGGUGCAAUUAUAUUGUAAGCUACUUGAAUGCAGGGAUCCACUCACACAAAAUUUGCCAGGCAUCAGUGUGGCACGAUGGUGGACCCUAGUGAAAACUGGCUUGGAUCUGGCCCUUUCCUAGACAGAACGAGGGAUGUUGUGAGCAUGUGCAUACAUGGGACAGCCAUCAGCUGGGUGGGCUGGAGGGUGGAGAGAAGCCAGGCUCGUUGGAGGGUGUUCUGGCAGACCUGCCUGCAGACCCCUUCAUCUCUCAUGUUUAAUAGUUUGCCUAGAAUUAAAUAAGGGGAAAAUGAGAUAUCUGCUGCAAGUCAAAUCAAGCUGAAAUUUUCUCCUGAGCCUUUUGGGUGAUGUUUCACCAUCUCCUGAGAAGAUGAACUUAAGUGUCUGGCUCUGACUUCUAACCCCCUUCUAAGUGCUGUGCUUUCUCUCCUUCCUGGCCAGCUAAGGGCCCUUCCUUGGUAGUCUCUGGCCAGGAAUCAGAGGAAAAAUACUGAGAUGGAGGAGGGGGAGCUUUUUACUUAAAAAAAAAAAAAAAAGUAAGUGAAUAAGUGAACAGCCAGGGCAAGAAAGGGAAUCUUUAAAAGGAACUUUUACUUAGUCCCGGCAUCAAAAUGAAGGCAAGCUCUUUCUUCUACGUGAGGCCCAGCACUGAGGAAAGUGGAAUUGCUCUCUCUCCAUGUCAUUACAGAGAAGCCUUUUUUGCUUCCUUCAAGAGUCUCAGGUCCCCAGGAAGAGCAUUGCUGUAGUGAACUCCAGUCCCUGCACACUGUUCUUCUCUGUACUAUGCUCCGCUGCAGAAACCGAUUGGAAAUGCGGUAACUUACAAGGGGCUCCAGCAAUUGAUCCAGGACCCAGCAGGAGACAGAGGACUGGAUAUACCAGAUAGCUGGCUCCAGACACUCAGAUGGUGAAAAUUAAAGCCAAAGGGCCAAUGGGAAAGCAAGGCGCGUGUUCAUGACUAGCAGAGAUAAAAGGCGUAAUAAACAAGGCUGAUGGAUGGGGAAAGUCAGAGACCAUUUCAAACCUGAGCACCUUCUGUAAGACGAAGGCAUCAUCUCUGUGGGAAAGGCUGGAACUAUUAAAAGGAUGAAUUGAUUGCUGAGCAGUGUCCACCAAGCUCGUUCCGUGGACCCAAAGCUCUUUAAACAAUUAUAUGAAAUAGGUAGAAACUAGCUAUUAACAAGGAAAAGAAAACCCCGGGGUCAGGCUUGUUUGUAUAAAGAGAGAGCAACAGUGAUUCAUCAUCAUACUUCAGACGGCUAAAUAAAUAUUUACUAACUGAGGGCAACAGGAUGUGUAAUGGAACAUGUAUCAUGUCCUUGAGAAGGGGCCUCUCUGAUGCUGGCCUUUGAUGGGAAAUUUCUCUAGGGCCACAGGGCCUUGGCCUUGAAAGAACAGGUCAGGUGAAGGCUCUUCGAUCACCUUUGAGAGUUCACAUCAGGAACUUGAAAGUUUGGGGCAGGCUUAGGUGAUUGCAAAAAUGCUCAUGAACUUGUUAUCACUCCUGGUUUAGGGGCAUAGGGGCGAAAUACCCACAUUUCAUUUAAGUUAUUAUUACUUUUAGUUAAACCAUAAGAAGGUAAGAAGUAUGGGACUGAAAGAAACCCAACAAGGCCAGCCAUCCCAUUCCAAUUAGAUGAAAGUAUCAUAGUCUUAGAAUGAUGAGCUGGGAAAGGCCUUCGAAAUCUGCUCAUUCCACUGCUGUUUAUAGCAGGGGGCAAAUGAGGGGCUUGUCCAAGACACACAGGGGUUGGGUCUAGGUCCCGGCUCCCUGCUUCCCACUAGAAGGAAGUGAAGGAACCCCAUCUCCCUCACUAGACCACACUUCCCACCCCUUCGAUGGAAGAGUCCUUGAUAGGAUCCAACAUCCCACAAAGAUGUUUUCACAUGGCUAUUUUAGACCUAAGGAUGCCUUGACCAUUGUUUCUCCUUGCCAUGGCUCUGAGGGGCUUUCUCAGUAGCACCGGACCUGAUAGCUCUGAGGGAUGGCACUGUCUUUCUGUAAGGGAACCACUGGGAGAGCUCCUGGGUGGGGCUAUAGCCCAUUGCAGCCUCCUUGUUGCAACGUCUCACCCGUGACGGGACCUUGGCUGUCCUCCCACAAACACAUCACCCAGAAAAGCCAUCAUCACUCAGUUACUUACUUGGUGGAUCAUCCAAUGGAAAUGUCUCACCUGAGGACCUGCUUCCCAUCUCAGGACACACAGUCCAGGCUCAUCUCUCCUCUUAAAGAAUUUAAGCUUAAAUCUUGUUCUAAACAUAAUUAAACGUAAUUAGGCACACACAAUCCCUGGGAGAUUAGAGGUUUAACAUUUUUCAUGCUGUAGCCUAAACAGGAAGAGUAGUAGGAUAUAUGUAGCUAUCUUAAAGAACUUGUACCAUCUUAAAAGAAUGCAGCGUUGGCUGAGAGAAACAGGACAGAAGAUAAAAACUUGUGUAAUGAUUGUGUGGGAAAGAAAAUAAGACCAUUGGUGCUGAGGGCAGACAAGAUGUACCACUUUUCAAACAGGGGCAGUGGCGGCAAACAUGAUUUCAUGCGAUGAUGCAAGAUGUCUCCUUCUGUAUUUUUAUUCCCUAAAGAAUACUUUGAAAAAUAACUGUUUUAGAGACCACACAUAUCAGAGUUGUUUUCUUCUUGUGGAUAAAGGAAAAAAAAAUUAGAUUUAUGAUAUUCAAGUGGGAGAAGGAUCGUGGAGGAAUGGCAUGACAGUAGGUGCCAUGUUGGUUGAAUCUGGGGAAUUGGACCAUGAAUAUGCUUCAUUCAAAUGCUGUCUGGCCUUGCAUCAGGCCAUUUACGUGGAGCCUUAAUGUCACUCAGAGAUCCCACAGGGACAGGAAGGACAGGAGGAGUCACUUUUCUGAAGAGAGGUUGAGAGUAGGGGCCAGGAGAGGAAGAGCCCCUUCUAGCUGAACUGUCUCUCUUAUUGGAAAUCCCGAGAAAUACGCAAAGUGGAGCAUGGGGUUUGGGGCCUUAUGGUGCUGAGACCUGAAGGCAGAGUUCCUCACUUGGGAUUUAGGUGGCACCCAUCACAGAGGCCCUACUGUGUGCCAGACAUGCUUCCUCUCACCCAAGUCGCCCAGUGGUGGUGUUAGUGCUGCCUGCCUUCACCACCCACUCCAGUCUAUCUGUUGUUAACAAUACCAAAAUUAAUUCAUUUGGAUUUUAUCUCCGUUUUAUUUCCUCUCCUCACCCCCAUGUUGGGGCAGCUAAUAAACUAUAUCAUAGGGUAAAUAAAAGGCUGGCACCUGAAGGGGAAGGAUGGAAAAUGCAAGUUUGGAGCUAAUGAAUUAAUUGGAUUUUGAUGUACUCGGAGUCCAUAAUGAACUCUCAAUUAUUCAGGGAGAUGUUCCCAACCUAAUGUAGUCUUCUUUAUUUCCCUCCUGCUCUGCUCGAGGCUGAGAAAUGUUGAACUUUGUAUAAAACAACAAGGAUUCUUGUGGAAACAAAACAACCAACCCCGGUCUCAUUUUAUUUUAUUUUACAUUCAAAGUCUAGUCAAGAUUCUACUUAUCAUCUAUCCCCAUUAAAACAUAAGGUUUUUGAGGGCCAGGGUCAAGUUUACCUUCACAUGCUUCCUGCGCCGCCAACCCUGCUCAACAAUGUCUCAUGCAUUUUUCAUGUCAAUAAAUAGAACACAUUUUUAGUUGUUUCAUAGUAUUCCAUUUUAUGAUCCACUCUAUUCCAUCGGACUCUAGACACUUACAUUGCUUUUAUUUUUCAGUAUUUCUACCAGUGCUUUAUAAAUAAACCUUGUGUGCUUCCUUAAUUGCUGUAUGAAGAUAAAGUCCUAGAAGAAAAUGCUGGGUCCAAUAGAAUGUGUGUUUUGACACAUGCUGCCAAAUUGUGUGCCAGAAACAUGCCAACAGUGUGUGAGAGUUUUUACUCCCUUAAACCCCCACUCAAUGGCUCCUGGAAGAAACGUUUCAGUGUCAGAUGUCAAUGAGAAAUAACUUCCUUACAUGGGGUUUUCCCAGUGGGCAGCAUUAUCAUUCAAUGCCUUUACCCUCAGUGACAGGUGUCCAAGUUCAAGCCCUUUCAAAUCCAAUACUGUAUAUUUAUAAAGGUCAAGCUAUUGUUUUCAUCCUCCACUGGUUUGUCUGACCUUGUCUGCAGACUCACCAUUGGCACCUCUGGUGGGGUGAGGGAUAAAAGGAGUUGGGGGGGUGGGUAAGACUAAAAAGUCAAGAGUUCCAAAAAGAAGCCAUAGGUCCAGGCUUGUUCUUAGAAAGGUUGUGCCCUCAGAAACCAACUGGCCAGGUCCUCAGUCUCAUCCCAUUUCUUCCUCUUUGUAAAAGGGAAAAGACAUAAAAACGUGUGUGAUUCUUUUAAGAUCCAGAAUUCUUUAUGGGCUGAACCUCCCAAACCAUGGCUAUCAAAAUAGAAAAGUGGUCUCAGCUUUCAGCCUUGCUUUUACAUCAUAAUUCUGGAUUUAUGGCAGUCCUUGGGGCAUUCCUGCUUUCCGGCUGGUCAUUAUGAGAUUGCAAUAAAGAGAAGUACAGAUUUUGAAACACAGUUAGUGAUGAGAGAAGGGGCAAGGGUGCAGGUGUAGAGCCGAAGGGGCAACGUGUGACAUAAAGAAGACAAGAGAGGAAGCAGAGCAGGAAGGGGGCAGAAGGGAGAGACAGGGAGAGCUGGGGGCUUCGGCAAAGCCACUUGGAGUUGAUUCAGAGCAGCAGGAAUGUGGGAAGGCUUAGAGCACAGGAAGUUUGGGAGUGGCUCCCAUCUCCAUUCCACCUUUGUUCUCAAAAAGCCACCCCAAAUAAACAUCCACUCCCAGUUUGUCCCCUAAGUAUGGCUUUGUCUCCUUCAAGCCAUACUGCAUCCUUUAAGCCCCUCCUAAAUGGAAAUUCUGGAGCUGUCACCAGGAGGAUCUAGAAUCACCAUCAAAAUAUGGAACCACCACAAAAUUCCUUUUAAAUAUUCUGGGCCUCCAGGUACCGUUUAAUAUAUUAAUUAUGUUAAUUAAUUACUGAUUAAGUGAAUUAAUAAAGAACCACUACUCUCGAGAUUUUUGAGAUUUUCUAAAGCUCUUAACAAGAUGUGUCUUUAGUCCUAUAAAGCACAGAAGGGCCCAAGAAAGACUAACAGCUGAACGCUAAUGGGGGCAACUCCGGUGGUGCCUGGAUCUGAGCCCAGGGGCCCAUCUCCCAGCUGCCUGCCCCUGCCUGCAGUGGGAAGGUGAACCAUGAACAGGGAGAGAAGGCAGGAGAGAACAAAGCUCCUCUGAUGAGGAAGACACAGGUACAUUUCAAGUGCCUUGAGGAAGUCAGGGCCUUGGAGAGCCGACCGAGUCAGAUUCCUGCCAUUUGGCUUAUUAUUUGCAGGCCCUUUUGAAGUUAUUUUUAAUAGUAAUUACUGUGCUUUUGAUAAUUUUUGUCUCAAUUAACAACUGAUUCUCUAGUUGGAAAGGCUUCCUGUGACUCUGGUCUAAAGAAAGAGGAGUCGGCAUUCACCUGCCUCUUAAAAUGACAGAGGAAAGCCGACAAGUCCAGUUCUGUCAGAGGGUUUUGUGACCCCUGGAUGAGGGUGACAUGAGCUUUAGGGGAAGCCCUUUGUUGCAACAAAGGGAUGUAAGAGAAAAUGCUCUAUGGCCCGGCCAAAAUGUCAGAAAUUGAUUAGAAAGUAAGCAACCCUUUCCUGUUGAGUAGGUAUGUGCGUGCUCUUGUGAGCAAUGCCAACGACUCAGCUCCUUUUUCUCAUGCAUUCAGGCAGCAAAGCCUCUUCCCAGCAGAAGCCUCCAUGUUGUUUCCUGCCAAAACUGAGCAAUGAAUUUGGAAGUCGGGCCAAAAGAGCUUAGUAUAUAUGUCCACAUAGUAUAGAGAUUUGUAAAGCUGCCCUCAUUUCACUGAUGGAUACUCUCUUCAUUGGGGACUGGGGGCUCCCAAAGUGGGCUCUGAGGAGCCUGGCAAAGGGAGCAAUUGUGACAUGUAGCCCUUUUUGUCUUCAAGGCGAAUAACUAAUGUGUCUUUAACAGCUUUUGCUAGGCUAUAGAGGCUCCUUAAAUAGACAUUAGGUGAGGACUGAAAUGCUUGCUUUGGGGUCUUCUAGCUGGUUAAAUGUUGGUGGUCCUUGGCCAGAAAACAGUGCAAGUGAUUUUUUGUGUCCCAAGAAAUUUUUGGACCAACUUGAAAACAUGGUUAAUCCCAGCUUAUGUUUAUCCAUGCCUUUUAACUGGUUUUCUCCAUUCUGUCUUUCUUUUCCUGGUGGGAUCAGUCGAGGAGAGCAAGUCCAUGUCCUUUUGUGAGCUCUAAGAAAACAUACUUAAAAGAAAGGAAAGAAGGAGCAAUGUUGGGCACAUGUGAAGGUCAUUGCCAAUGCCAUGGGCUCCUGGCCAGGAAAAUUCACAGACACCUAGGAGAGCCCUCUGUGCUCCACAGUGCCCUGUUUGGCUGAUGCUCUAUGGGGCAAUGGGAUGGAACAUGCUCCCAGAUUUGGCCUGUCCAUUUGGUAAAACAACUGAUUCUAUCGAUCUCUUCACGGAACUUGGCCAAACAUUUGAUCGAAUUAACCAACCUGAGUGGCUGUUUUUUCUAGUAGAUACAACCAACACCUCAGGUUAUCAUUAGACAUUUUACUUCUGGUGUUUAGGGCCUGGCAGAGAAAAAGCAAUAUUGACUUUUCACAACAAUAGCUAAAAAUUGGCAGAUUCACAUCGCCAGCCAAAUUCCUCUGUCCCUGGUCAGCCAGUGUGCACCAGCAGGCAUAUUUCCCAGCCGCAGCUUCUGCUGAGUCCAAGCGGCCUUCCUUUAGCUAUACUAUUGCAUAGCAUCCUAUCUCUUCUUCUCUGCAGGGUCCACCAGGGAUGUGUAUUUCUGCAAGAAUCCUUGGGUGUGCUGUGUAUUCUCCUCUGCUUAGUCAUUCAGCCAUAACCUUUCCAUUUAGAAUCCUGCCCUGCUGAUGCUUCAACUCCCUAGUUCAAUAUUUUACAUUUAUCUCUAUUGAAUUCCAGUUGCCUUCUGUAACAAGAGGCACUUAAAUUAUCCAAGCCUCGCUCCACAGGCUCAGGCUCCAAGUCCAGGACAAAUCUGUUUAGCACUUAGGGAUCAGUGGCUGUAUGAGGGGCUUGGGCAUAUAAAUGUGUCUGAAUAGGGCAUUUUUUAACAAUGGUGAAGGUGGCGGACUUGGGUGGGAGGAUGGAAGCCCCUGAAGGUAUAAAAUCUCAAUCAGGCUUCCUCAGGACUGGGGGAAAAUGGACUGGAAACAUUAUCUGGAGAGUGAGAAAAUAAAAAUAACAAUAUGGCCUUGUAGUAAAGGAACAGCUAUCAAACUGCAAGCACCUCCUGGAUAUGGGCACCAUUAUGCACAUACAAAAUAUAAUGUAGCCUUUUCUUUAUCCAGGAGAUUUAUCAUGUAUCAUGUCAUUAGCUCUCUUGUUGCCCUCCCACUGUCAGGAAGAUGAUGGCAGGAAAUUGUAUGGUUUUUCUCAUAUUUCAGGGUCGGAAGAGUGGUUCAGGAAGGAAAAAGAGCUUAUGGUAUGCUGGGAGUAGCCCGCAGCUCAGCUAGCUGGUCUAUUCUCAUUUUCUUGCCAAUGGAUCAUGGCUACUGAAAAAUAGAGAAAACAGAUACUUAGGAUGAGAGUCUCUGGAAUGAGGGCCUCUAAAUGGUGCUGUUCUACAUACCAGGCCAUAAAGAAAACCCUCAGCUUUAACAUGGGUGGGAAUGAAAAACAGACAGUUCCAACCUUUUUCUCUCUCUAAAUGCAUCCCUCUCCUUUCCAUUUUGGAAUCCAGAUUUUUGUCGACGUUCUAAAUUGACAAGAUGCAGCAGUUCAAUGAAUGCAGCAGUUCAAUGAAUGCAGCAGUUUGAUGGUUUCUGUGGUUUCCCCCUCUGGGAUCCAGUGAACACCUUUAGUCCUAGAAAACCCUAAAAAAUGGCAGCCACAUCAUCACAACUGCUCAGAGGCCACAUCUCUUUGGGCAUUAGGAUCAAAGAACGUGCGGGAGAGAGACAACAUCCAAGACACCAUCAGUAAAGAUUUCCAUAACUCCAUGCUUUCUGCUGCAGGCUGGUCUUGAACCUGGGCCUCUGCUGAGAGGAUGGGGGCAGACGGGGAAACAGUGGUCUUGAAGAACAUGCUCAUUGGCGUCAACCUGAUCCUUCUGGGCUCCAUGCUCAAGCCCUCAGAGUGUCAGCUGGAGGUCACCACGGAAAGGGUCCAGAGACAGGCGGUGGAGGAGGAAGGUGGCACUACCAGCUACAACACAUCUGGCAAAGAGCAGCCAGUGGUUUUCAACCAUGUGUACAACAUCAACGUGCCCCUGGACAGCCUCUGCUCCUCGGGGCUGGAGGCCUCAGCUGAGCAGGAGGUGAGCACUGAAGACGAGGUGCUGGCGGAGUACACGGGCCAGACCUCAGACCACGAGAGCCAGGUCACCUUCACCCAUAGGAUCAACCUCCCUAAGAAGGCCUGCCCGUGUGCCAGCUCGGCCCAGGUGCUGCAGGAGCUGCUGAGCCGAAUCGAGAUGCUGGAGAGGGAGGUGUCGGUGCUCCGGGACCAGUGCAACAGCAACUGCUGCCAAGCCAGUGCAGCCACAGGACAACUGGACUAUAUCCCCCACUGCAGUGGCCAUGGCAACUUCAGCUUCGAGUCCUGUGGCUGCAUCUGCAAUGAAGGCUGGUUUGGCAAGAACUGCUCGGAGCCCUACUGCCCCCUGGGCUGCUCCAGUCGGGGCGUGUGUGUGGACGGCCAGUGCAUCUGUGACAGCGAGUACAGUGGGGACGACUGCUCGGAGCUCCGGUGCCCCACAGACUGCAGCUCCCGGGGGCUGUGCGUGGAUGGGGAGUGUGUCUGCGAAGAGGCCUACACAGGCGAGGACUGCAGUGAACUGAGAUGCCCCGGGGACUGCUCUGGGAAGGGGAGAUGUGCCAACGGUACCUGCCUAUGCCAGGAGGGCUACGCUGGUGAGGACUGCAGCCAGCGGCGGUGUCUGAAUGCCUGCAGUGGGCGAGGACAUUGCCAGGAGGGGCUCUGCUUCUGUGAGGAGGGCUACCAGGGCCCUGACUGCUCAGCAGUUGCCCCUCCAGAGGACUUGCGAGUGGCUGGUAUCAGCGACAGGUCCAUUGAGCUGGAAUGGGACGGGCCGAUGGCAGUGACGGAAUAUGUGAUCUCUUACCAGCCGACGGCCCUGGGGGGCCUCCAGCUCCAGCAGCGGGUGCCUGGAGAUUGGAGUGGUGUCACCAUCUCGGAGCUGGAGCCAGGUCUUACCUACAACAUCAGCGUCUACGCUGUCAUUAGCAACAUCCUCAGCCUUCCCAUCACUGCCAAGGUGGCCACUCAUCUCUCCACGCCUCAAGGGCUGCGAUUCAAGACCAUCACAGAGACCACCGUGGAGGUGCAGUGGGAACCCUUCUCAUUCUCCUUUGAUGGGUGGGAGAUCAGCUUCAUUCCAAAGAACAAUGAAGGAGGGGUAAUUGCCCAGCUCCCCAGCGACGUGACAUCCUUCAACCAGACGGGACUAAAGCCUGGGGAGGAAUAUAUCGUCAAUGUGGUGGCUCUGAAAGAGCAAGCCCGGAGCCCCCCUACCUCGGCCAGCGUCUCCACUGUCAUCGAUGGGCCCACGCAGAUCCUGGUUCGAGAUGUCUCCGACACCGUGGCCUUUGUGGAGUGGACUCCGCCUCGAGCCAAAGUCGAUUUCAUUCUCUUGAGAUAUGGCUUGGUGGGCGGGGAAGGCGGGAAGACCACGUUCCGGCUGCAGCCUCCCCUGAGCCAGUACUCGGUGCAGGCCCUGCGGCCCGGCUCCCAAUACCAGGUGUGGGUCAGCGCAGUCCGCGGGACCAAUGAGAGCGAGUCCACCACCACCCAGUUUACAACAGAGAUUGAUGCCCCUAAGAACCUGCGGGUUGGUUCCCGUACAGCAACCAGCCUUGAUCUUGAGUGGGACAACAGUGAAGCAGAGGUUCAGGAGUACAAGGUUGUGUAUAGCACCCUGGCAGGCGAGCAGUACCAUGAACUGAUGGUCCCCAAGAGCAUCGGUCCAACCACCAGAGCCACGCUCACAGAUCUGGUGCCUGGCACUGAGUAUGGAGUUGGAAUAUCUGCCGUCAUGAGCUCACAGCAAAGUGUACCAGCCACCAUGAAUGCCAGGACGGAACUUGACAGCCCUCGAGACCUCAUGGUAACAGCCUCCUCAGAAACCUCCAUCUCCCUCAUCUGGACCAAGGCCAGUGGCCCCAUUGACCACUACAGAAUCACCUUUACCCCAUCCUCUGGGAUCGCCUCGGAAGUCACCGUGCCCAAGGACAGGACCUCAUAUACACUGACAGACCUAGAGCCCGGGGCAGAGUACAUCAUUUCAAUCACAGCGGAGAGGGGUCGGCAGCAGAGCUUGGAGUCCACUGUGGAUGCCUUCACAGGCUUCCGCCCCAUCUCCCAUUUGCACUUUUCUCACGUGACCUCCUCCAGUGUGAACAUCACCUGGAGCGACCCAUCCCCUCCAGCAGACAGACUCAUUCUGAACUACAGUCCCCGGGAUGAAGAGGAAGAGAUGAUGGAGGUCUCCCUGGAUGCCACCAAGAGGCAUGCUGUCCUGACAGACCUGCAGCCAGCCACCGAGUACAUUGUGAACCUGGUGGCCGUCCAUGGCACAGUGACUUCUGAGCCCAUCGUGGGCUCCAUCACCACAGGAAUCGAUCCACCCAAAGACAUCACAAUUAGCAAUGUGACCAAGGACUCAGUUAUGGUCUCCUGGAGUCCUCCUGUUGCAUCUUUUGAUUACUAUCGAGUAUCGUAUCGGCCAACACAAGUGGGACGCCUGGACAGCUCAGUGGUGCCCAACACAGUGACAGAAUUCACCAUCACCAAGCUGUACCCAGCUACCGAAUAUGAAAUCAGCCUCAACAGCGUGCGGGGCAGGGAGGAGAGUGAGCGCAUCUGCACCCUCGUGCACACAGCCAUGGACAAUCCUGUGGAUCUGACCGCUACCAACAUCACUCCAACAGAAGCUCUGUUGCAUUGGAGGGCACCAGUGGGCAUAGUGGAGAACUACGUUAUUGUUCUCACUCACUUUGCAGUUGCUGGAGAGACCAUCCUGGUUGAUGGAGACAGUGAGGAGUUCCAGCUCGUUGACCUGCUUCCUAGGACCCACUACACCGUCACUAUGUAUGCUGCCAGUGGGCCUCUCACCAGUGGCACUAUCAGCACCAACUUCUCUACUCUCCUGGACGCUCCUGCAAAUCUGACAGCCAGUGAAGUCACCAGACAAAGUGCCCUGAUCUCCUGGCAGCCUCCCAGAGCAGAGAUUGAGAACUACGUCUUGACCUACAAAUCCACCGAUGGAAGUCGCAAGGAGCUGAUUGUGGAUGCGGAGGACACGUGGAUACGACUGGAGGGCCUGUCUGAGAGUACAGACUACACAGUGCUCCUGCAGGCAGCCCAGGACACUGAGCGGAGCGGUGUCACCUCCACUGCCUUCAGCACAGGGGGCCGGGUCUUCCCUCAUCCUCAAGACUGUGCCCAGCAUUUGAUGAACGGAGACACUCUGAGUGGGGUUUACACCAUCUUCCUUAAUGGAGAGCUAAGCCAGAAGUUACAGGUGUAUUGCGACAUGACCACCGAUGGGGGUGGCUGGAUUGUAUUCCAGAGGCGGCAGAAUGGCCAAACCGAUUUUUUCCGGAAGUGGGUUGAGUACCGGGCUGGCUUUGGGAACCUGGAGGAUGAGUUUUGGUUGGGGCUGGACAACAUACACAGGAUCACGUCUCAGGGCCGCUAUGAGCUGCGCGUGGACAUGCGGGAUGGCCAGGAGGCCGCCUUCGCCUACUACGACAAGUUCUCUGUGGAGGACAGCAGAAGCCUGUACAAACUCCGCAUAGGAGCCUACAACGGCACCGCAGGGGACUCUCUUAGCUAUCAUCAGGGCCGCCCCUUCUCCACAGAGGACAGAGACAAUGAUGUUGCAGUUACCAACUGUGCCAUGUCGUACAAGGGGGCCUGGUGGUAUAAGAACUGCCACCGGACCAACCUCAAUGGCAAAUACGGGGAGUCCAGGCACAGUCAGGGGAUCAACUGGUACCAUUGGAAAGGCCACGAGUUCUCCAUCCCUUUCGUGGAAAUGAAGACGCGCCCGUACAACCACCGUCCCGUGGUGGGGAGGAAGCGGCGGUCCCUGCACUUCUAAGCAGUGGGCAGCUGCGAGCCAACUGACCUUUUCUGUCAUUUGUUUGUAUUUUAUAAUAUGAAACAAGGGGUGGGGGAAAUAGUAACAUGCUUUGCGACAUACUAAGAGUGUUGGAAGGAAGCAGGAUGUAGCAGGAAUCACUUGAGAAUCAGCAGCGCAUGGUUUCUGCUGCCCCACCGCCGGGCCUGACCCUCAGUCUCCAUGCUCCCUCCUCCCCAGUCAUCCUUAACCUUCCCCUCUUUUCCCACCAAGGAGGGAAAGGGAGCCAUUUCCUUAAAAGACCAAUUCAAAGGAGAAUCCUGGAGUCAGAUUGCUAUGGUGACAGGCAUGUGCCUUCUGUCCUGCCUCCUCCUGAUGUCCAUCAAUUCCAGAUAUUGUGCUAUGGUCACUGCCUUGGGUGGCCAUGUUCUCACACCAGCCUGCAGAAGAAGCCUUGGCCAGCAAGUCCCAUUAAAAGAAAAUGGAUUAACCUCACCCCAGCCCAACAACUCAAGUCCUUUGUAAUGGGCCAAAGAUUCUCAUCUGGCACUCUUACUCUUGUCAGCCAAGUGUCCUCUGUCACCUUUCAAGAGUAGUGGGCUCUUUUCCAGCCAAUCCAUCCUGUGCCCACUUCAUCCUACCCUUAGACCCCCACAGCCCCACAAUCCCAACCAUUGUUUUGGAUUUUGGUUCCCAAGGUGUUGCCUGCACCUGGCCCUGCGCUGCAGAGUGGCUGUGUACCUGUGGGUCUUAAGUCACUGGCCCCAGCCAGCAUUGUAGGCAGAAACUUUCUCUGGAGAUGGGAGAAGGAGAGGUGUGGUCUAUAGCACAUUGGGGUCAGACACUGAGGAAAGACUAGAAGAAGGAGAAAUCAGGGCACUCACCGCUGAGAUUAUAGGUUCCUUGGGGAACACAGACCUUACCUAGCUCUGUUUUCUCUAUUUCCAGUCCUGUUUGUCAUGAAUUUUUUUCCCCUUGAAUUGAAAACUAAAGAGCUUUUCUGUCUUCAGCCAGGCUCUCCUUAGUGUGGGUGGCUUAAUAAGAGUUAGAAGAAGUUAUAUGACCAGCCGGUCAUUCCCCUGACAGAUAAUCCCUGGGAGGAGGUAGAAUUUUAGGGUCCUUAUUUCAGUUUUCUCCUCUUUUGGGGUCCUGUGAGAAACAGGAAUGACCUCCUUAAUGAGGUGAGCUCAGGAGAGGCCUUUCUCCAUCCUCUUUUAUUAUUAUGCCUUUGAGAGGAAAAAUGAAAAGUGCCAGAGGAAAUUACAUCUAGAAAUCCAAAGGUGAAGAGGGGAGGAGUGUGGGCCUGCCUCCCAUUUUAUGAGAUGUGCUCUCUUCGCUGGCAUGAUUUGAUUUUUAAACUCAAGAGAGAUGGAGGCUCAAAAAGCCAUGACCCUUUGACUCCUCCAAUCAAAUGUCAGCUGCAACCACCUCUACAGCGUCUGCCAAAAUCUAUGCCCAGUCUCCCCAGCUGCCUUUUCCCUUUCCUCUCUUUUUCCUUAAGGCCCCAGAUUGGUUUGCUAUAAAUGCCCACAUUUAGUCAAACUGGGACACCCUGGGCCUUUCCCAGCCAAUUACUGGAUGAGCCCAAGAUGUGCCAGUUUUCUAAUGGAAACAUCCGCAGCCUAACCAAACUCUGUCAACCAGGAAAGGAUGGUCCAUCGGGCUGACAGCCACACUUCCGACGUCACGAGAAUGGAGUCAGCUGCCACGUGCACCCUCCCUUUAGUGGACUUUCAAGGCCUCAGUCACUGCCGUGCUGUGGAUGUAACUGCCAAACUGGUGCUGGAAAUGGAGGUGAUAUUUCCAUUUCUCAGUUCACCAUGGGCUCCAAAAAACCAGGGGAAGGAAAAAGAAACAGAAACAAUCCUUUCAAGAAACCUGAACUGAACAAGGUUCGGCUAGAGAGUGGGACACCAGAGAACAGGAAGCACGCUGAAGGGGACCCCGGGGACUAAGAGUAGACCCACCUCUGCCAUUUUAUUGGCGCUAUUAUAUCAGGAAGGUUCUUUCACCUCUCUGGGCCUCAGUCUCCUCACCUGUUGAAUGAAAUCUCACACUAGAAUGGCUUCUCUUUCAGUUUUGACAGUCAGUAAGGUGAGUCUCUGAUCUGAAAAUCUCAGUGCAGAUCGGCACUGGUGACAGAGCACAACUAAGUAAUGAAAAUUCACAGAAGCCCUGCUGUAUGAAUGAAAAAGAGGUGGGGAAGGAAGGAAGGAGAGAAAGAAAGAAAUGCUAAUUCAGAACUCAUCAAUAAAACAUACACAUUGCUCGUGCACGCGCGCGCGCACACACACACACACGAAACCAUUGCAAAAAAGACUAUGCCAAGAGGCUGAAAAGCAGAACCCAGGGACCUGGGUGGUGCCAGUACAGCCCAUCUCAUCAAGGGAACUGAAACGGAAAAAGAUUGCGAGCCCUCAUGUUGUCAGUUCAGGUGAAAGCCAAGAAACAUCAGUGGAAACCAAAAUCAGUCUUUUAUUGGGAUCGUUUUACCCUAUGGAACAUUUUUAUAAAUAGUAUCAGUAGCACUGCCUAGACUCAUGUUAAAGAAUUUUAAAGCAAGAAAGGGACUUCAAAGAUUAGCUCACCCCCCACCUUCUUGGAAAGGAUUUAUAGAUUCUUUUGAUUAAGGAGAGUUAUUUUCUCACAAGUUUUCACCAUUUUUAAGAAACACUGUGCCCCAUUAUCUCCCUAAGGCCCACGGUCAACUUGACUCAAAGCUUCUUAACUGGACACAUGUAUUCCUGCUGAUCCUAUUCUCCCAACCACCUAUAUUCUUCCCAAGGGUGGAUCCGGUACACAAUAUUCACAAAGCACUUGCCCUCACACACAGGCUUCCCUCGAGGGACUCCAGAGGAAUAGAAAUGCACCUGCUCAGAGGCAGUUUACCUGUAGACACAUCAGGAUGUGUACUUACAAAAGCAAACACACACACACACACACACACACACACACACACACACACACACACACAAAAACCUACCCCAUGGCCUCAACAGACUCACUGAACUGAGAUCCAGACAGUUUCUUUUUUUGGCAUUUCCCCUUCAGAUAAAGAUAAUUUCCAACACAGUAAACUCACUUUCUCCAGGGUUAUUUCUGGAAGGUGAAGGGGGCAGACAUAAAAGCACUAGGGACAGGGGAGAGAGAUCUGUGGCAAACUCCUGCUGGCCUUUAGACAGAUUUAAUUGGAGGAGGGAGACUUGCUAAGUGUGACCACAAGGUGGCAUUUACAGCUCCCCUAGUUACCUCCUGAUGGUAGGAUUGAGGACAGCCUAUGCCUCCAUGUUUUCAGGAGAACUCAACACCAAAUCCGAACCCAGGAAAACUGGCCACCUGAUUUGUACCGGAGAUUGAUUUGUAAAAGAAACAGCAACAACAAAAAGGGUGGCAAGAAAAGCCAAGCAAACUUCCACAAAUAGUUAAAUCCACCCUACCUUUCACUUCCCAGCUGCCCCAUUCGGCUACUCAGAGCAGCAGGACACUCAACACCUGCACCCUCCCACCUGGGAACCAACCAGCUCUCUGCACAGUGAAGCUGUUAUUUCAAAGACAAACCUGAGGAACCUGGGUUGCCAGUGAGCUCAAUGCCAAACCAAACAAUCCUUAAUCACAUUUAUACUUUAAAAAUUCAGUCCCAGAACCAAGCUGUAGGUUAAAUGACAAAAAGGUCAUUAUGGAACCUUUUCUAAGAGCCCUUUUAUUAUCUUUUUUGGGCCAUGCCUGUGGCAUGUGGACAUUCCUGAACCAGGGAUUGAACCCUUGCUAUGGCAGUGAUGAGCCGCUGCAGGGACAUGCCAGAUCCUCAAUUCUUCGAGAAGGGAACUUCUCAAAGAGCCCUUUUAUAAGCAUCGGUUGAAGGAGGGAUUAUGAAUUCCUCUUUGUCCUCUCCUCUAGGGGAUAAAUGGAACCUGUGAGAACAGUGGAUGCAUCAGGCUGAGCGGAUUGAGACAGACUAGCUGGUGGCCUGGAUUUGCAAAUGCUCCUGGGGCAUGAAAACAUUUUUCUUUUUCUUUUUUGAUAUCCGCCCCAAAUUUCAGGAAAGAUGGAGCCACUUACUCAAGCUUUUCUAUGUCUUGCUUUCUUUUCACCAGACUGCUAUUCAAUCUAAUCCCUUACUUCCCUUUCUUUCCCCUCAAAGAGGCACUGUACUUGCAUCUCACUGUUCAUUCUUAAACAUUGAUAAGGAGCCUCAGAAAGACUCAUACUUCAGUUCAGUUUCAAUAAUCCCAAGAGGGUGGGGGUAAUCCGUUUUCACUUGCCUCAAGCGUGCCAAGGCUGCAAGAAGGGCCUUGGGACCUCAGGGGCCUGGAGUGAAUCUGAGAAGCUUGGGAGUCUGCCUCUUGCAGAAAGCUGCAGAUGCCAGGAGCUGCUGACUCAGCGCUGCCCAGCCUCCCUGGGUGGUCUAUUUUCCUCCCAGUAACAAUGACAGAGAAGUUCUUUGCUCAGAGGAAAGGUGAGUCACUGGGCUGGUGAGUCACAGCACCUUUAUCCUCUCUCUGGCUGUACCUCAGGGUCCCUUGGCCAAGAUCCUAAAGAUCUUUGAUGAAACAUUUCCCUACACCUUUGCUUCUUCCAUAGCCCAGCCCCACAUAGAUGGGACAAGAUUUCCCUCAUCAAUCCUGAAAUAUUUUGGCACCACCCGGCCUAAUAAGCACUCACAGACCGAAUGAAAACCUCUAAAAGCAGGUAAGGAACAAACGCUAGGAUUCUUAAGAGGGUGUGUUGGUGUAGAUGCAAGCUCAUCCUAAUUGUAUCCACCCUGGAUUUACUUGUGUCCAUUCUGGGCUCUUCAAUCUUUGAGAAACAGCUGGGAAGGAAAAAAAAAUUUUAAUGAAGAAUAUGAAAUAACAUGUUUAAAAAGCUGGGGACUAAAAGCAAGCCCUCUACAGAUGGCCCCACCAGUGAAAGGACGAAAAACCCAGAGACCAGGCUUGAGGAUUCAGAGUAAAAGGACCAGAAUUAAUUCCUUGAGUUCUGGCCCCAAACUUCCCAUCAGAACGUCUGUCAGUUCACCCACUUCACCUGAGGAGAAACAAAGGCAGCAGAGGCCUUCGCUGCACAGAAAACAAGAAGCAGAAGGGCUUUCUUUGCUUGUUCAACCAAUAGGCCUGGACCUCGCUUUUUCUUCAUAGCAGUCACAAGCCUGACUUGCCAUCUCCAGCAUUUCUGAUUAAUUUUUCAAGGUCACCCCUUGCCUGAAGCAUGACUUCAUUGCACCUGCAGCACUUCAUUGUCCAAAUGUCCUUGGCAAACCUCACAGUCUUUGGACAGUGUUACAUUUUUCUCCCAACCGGAAAUCCUCCCUCCUUCCCUAAGCUUAAUAAGGCCAUUGCAGAGCAGCCAAAGAACACAGCUCUUGUUCCUCAGAAAAACCCUGCCCACUGUUAACUUCAUAAAACAGCUCCUCAUGGUUGGCUGUGAGGCUGGGCUGCUGCUAAAUUUCCAGUUCAUUUAACUCUUUGGGUCUCAUGGGCUCAGCUCUCCCAGGUACUGGCAUUGGCUCCUUGCCACCAGGGGUUCAUGGGAGGCAGUGCAAACAUCCCAGAAGGCCUGGAAUGCCAGAGCCACAAGAGAGGACAUGGGUCCACAUGCUCAGCCAGGAGGUAAAUGCGUGGAUGAGAACUGCUGUCUUCUCCCCAUCACUGGUUUGGCAGCCUCCAGGGAGACUCUGUAUUGUUUUUUUUAACAUCUUGUCCUUGUCACUAAUAUGCUCAACACAGCCUCCAAAACGCAAACAUGCUGGGAACCUUCAGAGCUGGAAGGGACUCUGAGGAUCAUCUGACCCAUGCCUCUCAUCUCAUACUCCAGGAAACUGAGGCCCAGAACGCUUAGGCAACUCGCCCAUGUUCAUGCAGCUAAUUAGUAACAGAGCUGACAUCUGGCAUAGGCUUUUCCAUUUUUCUCUCCCCAAAUAAAGACUAAGAGAAAUGGUGUUUAUGGAACAUCUACUACUUUCCAGAUACUGUGCUAGGAGCUUUCCAUCUAUUACUUGUUAAAUCCUCACCACAUCCUGACUCAAGUUUAACCAUGUUACAGGUGGGAGACUGGAGGCCCAGAAAGGUUAAAUAACACGCCCAAAGUCAUGUAGCCACUAAGGGGAGCCAUAAUUGGAACCUCUUUGUCUAAUUCUAAAGCUCUUGCCUUUGCUGCUUUAUGAGGCUGCCGCCCUUUAUCCUGAUUUAGCCAAGUGGCCGCCAUCUUGGAUUCACUAAUGUUCUCAACAGAGGAGCUUCUGGUGCCGUUUGUUUCUCUCUCCUCUCUGACUUUAGGAAAAGGGAGUUCUUGCAUGGUUUUUUCCACAUACUCUAGGAGAACUUCAACCUCACCGUCGGAAGGAAGAAACAUCCUGGGAACGCUUUCCUUUUCCUUUCUUUUUUUUUUUAAUUUUUGUUUUGUUUAUGGAAUUUUUUUUUUCUAGGCCUGUGUGGACGUUCCCAGGCUGGGGACUGAACCUGGGCCCCAGCAGUGACCCAAGUCACUAGAAUGAACCACUGGGUCCUUAACCCACCAUGCCACAAGAGUGCCUCCUUUUCUCCUUUUUUUUUUUUUUUUUUUUAAUUCGCAAGGUAAAGGAGAGGGUCACAGUGGGUGAGGGGCAGAUAAAGACCAAAACACAAACACUACGCCCCCCCCACCCCCGACAGACCCCACUCCUUUGAAAACAUGCAGCUUCUUUCUCAUCCAACGUUAGAAGAGUGGGAAAUUCCAGGACAACUCUUCUCAGACUGAGGCAGACAUGUAGCCAGGAUUGGGGAGGGGGAAGCCAUAGAAUAAGCAUGGCACGUGCUCCUAGAAUGUCAGUUUUAUACCCGAAUUUGGGAGGGAAAGGAUAAUAUGACUCAUGCAUUCAAAUCAAGGGAGAUGGCCUCAAAUGCACUAAUCCCAUGAGUUUUUAGGCUCAAACCUGUAAGUUAUAGAUUGAUUUGGGCUCCUUCCUUCCAAACUCUUUGGGGGUAUUAGAAUCUUCAUGGUCCCUUACAGGGACACAUUCGGGGAAAUUUUUGAGGAAUGAGGCUAAAAGAAGGCAGGAGACAAACUAAUUUUGGUUACUCCCUGGUUUCUUUACCUUCCUACCUGCUCCCACCUCCCAGUGGGUAAAGGGGCUCAGAGGAUAGUGGCUACCAUCUCGGCUCUGUUUGCUACUUUGGGUAAAUUAGAAGGACAUCAGUACUUAAUAACUUGUAUUUUUCCCUGCUAGGCCCAAACUCCAGAAAUGAAGCCCCUUUCUCUUAUUUUAACAACAUUUAUAUGUAAAGAAAGAGAGCUGAGACAGAAUCCUCAUUGCAUGGUCCUCAGUCAUGUGGGGGCUAUCUGGGCAGCAGUGACAGCUCUGUGUUAGAUGCAGCGGACACCAUGGUUUCCGAAAAAAAUGCCAGCCAAGAAAGUGUCCCCCUCCCGAACCAACUCCCUGUCCCCACCUGUGCCCCCUCUGAUGCCUGGACUCACACCAUGGCCCCACAGACUCAAGGUGCAAAAUAUACAUGAGUUACUAACACACAGACUCCCCGCUUCCAAUCCUUUACACACACACCCCAUCACUCCAACCUCAAAUACAUGGCAGGCCCACAGGAAUUCCCAGAUACCCUACAAGCAAGCCACCAGGACUUUGAGGGAGCCGUUACCUGGGGCUCCGGCAGCAGAACCCACCCUGGUGGUCUCUAGACGGUUGUUCUGAGAAAUCAUAAACACCAAAUCCUCCAGUCCCUCCAAAUUUGAGUUUGUUGUUUUAACCUUUAACAGCCUUUUCAGGUAAAAGUAACAAAGACCAAUUUACUGACUUUGCAGCUACCAUGUGCCUGGAAAAGCAUUUACUUAAAAGAAAGACUGGGAGGAAGGAAAAAAAAAAAAAAAGAAGAAGAGGAAAUGGAGUACAUACUCCUCAGGCAAUGCAGUCUUAAAUGAACUAAAAUAAAAAUAAAAAGAGACAGAGGAAAGGAGGGAAUAACAAUCUCCCCCAUGCUUCCACAGCACGGUAGCUCAAAGAUUGGAAUCUCCGCUUGUUAACCAUUGUUAACUAGUAUUUUUAGUCCUGGUUGCUUUUAGCCUCUGUAUAGUUCCUUUUUUAAACACAUUUUCUAUACGUUAAUAAAAGAUCCUGAAGGAA